AUGUCAGAAGACUCAAGAGCCAUCAUAAAAGCCCUCGAGAAAGUCCUGAUCCGACUCAGCGAGAAUCCCUACCCGCAUGUCGCCAAUCCUCCCAAUACCUCUCAAAAACGAGCCAGUGUCGCUGCCAUUAUCCGCGUCCGACCUGCCUACAAGCCCGUCCCUGCAAAUGUCAACGGUUCCCUCGUAGCGGUUGACAAGCCAUCUCCUCCCUCACCCCCAUCUACCAUCAGCGAGUUCUUUGCGCAAGAAUGGGUCCAAGAAGGAGACCCGGAGUUGCUCUUCAUCAAGCGUGCUGGCCGCGCUGGUGAUAGGUGGUCUGGACACGUUGCAUUACCCGGCGGCAAACGAGAUCCCGAGGACGCGGACGACUUUGCUGCUGCGGUCCGUGAGACGAGAGAAGAGAUAGGCUUGGAUCUGGACACAGCGGAUUGUCUGCCCGCAGGCAAUCUUCCCGAACGACUGGUCACCACCUCGUGGGGAAAAGAUGUUCUCAUGGUGCUGUGUCCCUACAUAUUCCUCCUGACGGGCAAGGUCGUCCCUCCUGUCCAGCCACAACCUACAGAAGUCGCCUCAGUCCACUGGGUCUCUCUCCGCGCCCUGCUCACCCCAACUCUACGAACAAGAGAAUCAGUGGAUAUAUCCUCUCGAAUGGCCAAGCACGUUGGUCCCGCAAUCCAUAGACUGAUCCGUUGGACAAUGGGCAAGAUGAUGUUCAGUGCUGUCCGCCUUCUCCCCACAGAAUCCGUUUAUGCCAGCUCAAUACCAGGCUUCAUACCCACAGAGGGUGGAGACAAUCUUUCCAGCCUAUCUGGAUGGGCUCAAGCACCGUUCGGCAUUCCCUCCUCAGCAUCCAUUCACCACUCUCUCCUAACUUUCCAACAUCCACUCAUCCUCUGGGGUCUUACACUCGGCGUGCUGGCGGACCUUCUCGAUCAACUUCCACCCUACAACGCUGUAGCGCUCUGGAAAUAUCCCACCUUCACAGUCCCUGAUCUCCGCCUGCUUGUGUAUAUUAUGACCCGCUCGUUUAGGAAGAAUACUGCAGAAACCUUCUCGUCGGGAUCUUGGCCGAGUCGACUCCAUCGACGGCCAAGCCAAACCGCCAUAGACGGCGCAAGCGAAGCCAUAGCCAUUCCCGUGGCCGAACCUGGACCUGCUAUGGGCCCUGAGUCGGCAUCCGCGCCCGUGCCUGCAGCUACAAAAGCGCAUUCCACCCGUUCCGCCAAGCGAUCAUCUUUCAAUAAGCACAGUGUCGGAAUCGGUGGGCUAGGUGUGGGUAAAGACCCACACCACGCCGUGGGUAAGUUAUUGUAUGGCUAUUAUGACAGGGUAAAUUGGGCGAUCGCCUUGUUUUUGGCCUACAGAACGGCGCUUACGGUGAGUGUGGCGUGGUGGAUGGUCAGAUGGUGGAGGAAACAAAGGGCCGCAGCUGCUUAA